GACCGAUUAUGGAAGAAAACUCGCAAACCAUCCAGUCCUGACUGCUAUGGAUCGGAUCCCGAUAGAAACUGGGGUUUUCGCUGGAAUCAUACUGGCGUGAGCAAUCCUUGCGCUGAGGAUUAUCCUGGAAAAUCGGCAUUUUCGGAAAUAGAGAUGAUGACCAUGGCCCAUUAUAUAAGUAACCUCAAUUUUUACGCGUAUGUCUCAUUCCACGGUUAUGGUCAACGAUUGGGAUUUCCUUUUUCUUAUACGGAUUCACAUUCCUUCAUUAAUUAUGAAGAAUUAUAUCGUGUCGGCACGGCAGCGGUCGUCGCUCUUAAACAGGUGCAUGGAACAACAUAUUAUACUGGAUGUCUUGGCGAGAUCAGUCCAUGGGGUUUGGCUAGCGGUUCUAGCAUAGAUUACGUCGCAGGAGCUUUGUUUAAAAAUGUCACAUUUCGUUACCAAAUGCGUGAUAAAUUAACUUUUUUGUUACCACCGAACCAAAUCAUCCCGACUGGAGAAGAAAUUAUAAGUUCGUUAAUAAAUAUGUUUAAUAAAAUAUCAAAUAAACAACUUUAUAAACAGUUAAAUGAUUGUAGAAAUAUACUUAAAUCUUAUAAUUGUAAAUCAAAUUUUUAUUAUUUAAUAUUAAUAUUCAUAAAUUUUUUAAUUUUAAUAUUUACUAUUACGUUGUGUUUAUACUUAUUUUAACAUUUCGUAAUCUGACAUAUAGGUAUGUAAUAAUGAUGAAUAACUUGUAUAUAUAUAUAUAUAUAAAAUGACAAUAUUAUUGUAAAUAACCUUAUGUCGCUUUAUUUAUCUGAAGGUACGAUAACUUUAUAUAUGUACGUACAUCAAG